AUGUCCGCGGAAAGUGGUCAGUUCAAGCCCGUCUCGGAGAAGCAGGCCCAGAAUCUGCCCGGGUCGGAGCAAGCCAUGCAGCCCAAGAGCGAACCCAGCAAACUCGAAGGCAAGGACCAGCUCCAUGAAUAUCGAGCCGCUGGCAAGCUGGAAGGAUCCAAGGCGCUUAUCACCGGCGGAGACUCUGGAAUUGGACGGUCUGUCGCUGUCUUGUUUGCCCGCGAGGGCGCAGAUGUGAGCAUCGUCUACCUCCCGGAGGAACAAGAAGACGCCGAAGAGACCAAGAAGAUGGUGGAGAACGAAGGCCGCAAGUGCCUACUCAUCUCCGGCGACCUCAUGGACAAUGAGACAUGUCAUAAGGCCGUCCAGAAGCAUGUUGAAACCUUUGGAAAGAUCCACGUUCUCGUCAACAAUGCCGGCAAGCAGAUUAUGUGCCCUGAUUUCAAGGAGAUCGAUCUCGCCAAUGUUGAGAGCACCUUCCGUAGCAACAUCCUGCAGAUGUUUGCCAUUACAAAACAUGCGCUCCACCACAUGGAGAGAGGCGGCUCUAUCAUCAAUACCACGUCCACAGUGGCUUUCCGGGGCACGGCUACCAUGGUAGACUACGCUGCCACCAAGGGCGCCAUCACAUCCUUCACCCGAUCGCUCGCCAAGCAGUUGGUAUCCAAGGGUAUCAGGGUCAACGCCGUCGCCCCGGGUCCCGUCCACACUCCGCUCCAGCCGGCAUCCCGGCCUGCGGAGCAGAUGGAGGGAUUCGGCGAGCAAUCGCAGCUCGGCCGUGUUGGUCAGCCGAGCGAGAUCGCACCCAGCUACGUCUUCCUUGCCAGCAAGGACUCGACGCUGUACUACGGACAGGUUCUUCAUGCCUAUCCGCUGGGAGACUAA